AUGGAGAAAGUUGGCAACUACAUACCCAACGAUCUCAUAAUAUCUAUUUUGUCAAAAUUACCAUUAAAAUCGUUGAAGCGAUUUGAAUGCGUACAAAAAUCAUGGAUCUUCUUAUUGAAAGACUCUCAUUUUAUGAAUAUUUAUCGCAAAAAAUUUAUGUCUGAAACUCUUUUUGAUUCUGAUGAUAGAUCUUAUCUCAUGAAUUAUACUUUUGAUUCUAACGUUGCGGAGGUUCGAUCAUCUUUUUAUUUCCUUUCAGGUGAGAGAUUAGAGAAUAAGGUUAAGAUAGAUUAUUCUCUUCCAUUUGAAGAUUGGGGCCAAGAUUUUAUUUUCGUGGGGUCUUGUAGUAUUAAUGGCAUUGUCGGUAUCGUUAGUCUCAAUGAAGACUUUGCAUUAUGGAAUCCAACUACUGACGAAUGCAAGGUAAUUCCUCAUAGUGCCACUGAGUCUGUGCCUUAUCGAAAUUGUUCAUGGCUUAUUCACGGAUUUGGUUAUGAUCAUGUUAAGGAUGACUAUAAAGUGCUUCGACGUGUAUCAUUUUAUCAGUUAAGUCGCAAUGAUUGUGAAUAUCUUGGUUUGGAUGAGGAAAAUGUGCCUUGGAAAGAUGUAUCAUAUGAAUCUGUGUGGGAGAUAUAUAGUCUAAGAAGUGAUUCUUGGAGGGAAUUAAAUAUUAACAUCCCCAUGACAAUCCCUUCUUACCAGCUUAUCCCUUACCAUGAUAAUAGAAUCAGUCGAUGUUACUCGAAUGGAAUGUGUCAUUCGUUGUAUAAAAUGAGCGAGUACAUUUUCCAAACAUGUUUGAUGUCAUUUGAAGUUAGUAAUGAGGUAGUUGUUACCACACCCAUGCCCUCAUACAUGAACGAUAAUAUGGAUCGUGAAUGGAACCAGAAACACUUGAUAAUGUUAAUUAAAGGAUUCAUUGCAUUGUCAUCGUAUCAUGUGGAGACUAAUACUAUUCAUAUAUCAAUUUUAAAUGAAAUUGGUGUAAAAGAAUCUUGGAUUAAAUUUUUUAUUCUUGGACCAUUGUCUUGUGUUGCAUAUCCUUUUGCAGGAGGAAAGAAUGGGGAUUUAUUUUUAAGAAAAAAUAAUGAAGAACUAAUUGCAUGCUUUGAUUUGGAUAUCGAAAUGGUUGAUGACCUGGGCUUCCAAGCCCAUAUUUCUUAUGUCAUAAUUUAUAACAAAAGCCUACUUUCGAUUAGAAGCAUACAUGAUUAA